UUGAUUUUUGUAAAUCAGUAUUCAAAUUUCAGUCAGCACGAAUCCACAUUUUACUUUUAUGUUCGGCAAAAAGAAAUUAACAAAUUUUCAGCUAUGGUACAUCAAGGGAUAACAGAAAUGAUGGACUUCGAUGAUGGGCUUGCCGUCAGCUUAGCCAUCAGUCUCCUCAAAUGGUACGGGAAUCGUGUCCAUUUAGAAGGUAUCAAGAAACUAAGUAAUUUGAAAUAAUAAGAUGAAACAAUAGUAAUAGUGGGACUGACGACAGAGGCUUGCUGUUGAAGUUUUCUUCUUUCUCACAUCAAAAUUUAACGGAUCAUCAGCAACAGUUCGAAACAAUAUUUCUUAACAGAGUACAAAUUUAACCAAUAGCAAGCAAACGAGUGAAAACAGUAGUUCUUCAGAGGUCCACACUGAGUCGUCAGUCUCUAUACUUUUCGUUUAACGAUAAAUAAUCGAGAACUAAUUUUAAUGACUUGUUCCGCUCUAAUUGGUCUAGAGCACAUAAAAAUUAAGAAAUAUUGGACGAUAUUACGCCCUGAAAUUUUAAUUUUCAUCUGUUAUCUUUGCUGGUGGGAAAUAAAUAAUUUUGCUUGAAAGAUCGUUGUUAAAUGUUUCAAAUCAAAGAGAUAAAGUUUAUUUUUUACAUAUUUGUAUCUACUGGUAAAUUUCAUUGUAUUGAAUUCUCAUUGCUCGGAUAAGAAAAACUGGGCCAUUAGAUCUAAAAGCGUCAUUCAUAUUUUAAAAACCAACGAAUAAUUAAUAAUAAUUUGUCCAUGAAAACUAGAAGCAUUUAUGUCUAUCGCGUUAGCAGAAUCGUGAUUCUCGCAGCAUGAAUUUAGAUUGGACAUAGAGAAAUUCAAUUUCCAGCAUUGUUCGUUCCGGAAAAGCUCCCUGCAAAGCACAGGUAAAUGCGCAUGCGUGACACGCAAUCAGCUGUGUAGUAAUGGCUCACGGCGAUCGGUUGCAAAUGCAAUUUCAAAUAAUUCGUAACAAACUUUAACUCCACAUAAUGUGAUAAAACCAAUAAUGAACUGAUAAUAUUAAUGUCGCACAAAUCGCCAGCGAAAAAUGUGAACCAUCCGCGUGCGGGGCCCGUUAAAAGCUCAUGCGAGAUGUCAAUGUAUUCAUUUGUUUUUAAAACGGGUUUGUUUUGAAGUCCGCGUUUGUUUGUUGUGAUGUGAUAAGAUAAAAAGAUUUUGUGCUGCCAAACUUCAAAUAUUAGCCCGCGAUCGCACUGGGUAUGUAGUAAACGUUCAUAUCGUCGUCGCAAACCUGUACACUGCCCCCCUGAAGAGAUGGCUACAAUGAUGUACCCCACGUUGACAAAGUCGCAGAGUAUGCGUUCCAAACGCAAGUCGGCUGUCGAACUUUUGGCUGAAAGCAAGCCGUUUUACGUCAAGUCGGAAGUUGUCAGGGACUCAACACAAGUGCUUCCUGCUCGUCCCCUGUCCAACUUUGGAGGCUAUGGCACGUACAACAGAAGCAAAUCCGUCAACGUAGCUGGACAUGGGACUAACUACAGACCCACUACUCUUCCACAAUAUAUGGCUGUGUCACCCUCGCGCUCUCUUCCCCCCUUAAGCCACCGUCGUUCCGUACAUUCGACCGCUCCGGGUGCCGUGGGUUGUGCAACCGGAGGCGGCGACCUGCUGCAGAACCGCCUGCGUCAGCUGUUGGUCUGCGACAGCGCCGAAGAACUAAGCGUGGAGCAGAUGGCACCGUUGAGUCCUCCCGCGGAGUAUGCGGCACAGCGUUGUCACAAGAGUCUGCCCGACCUGCAUUGUCGCGGUGCCGAGCCCAGCUCCAACAAAAGCAGCAACAAAUCUUUGUCGAAUAGAGACAGCGGCGGAUCCAGCGGUCACUACACACAAAGGAGCGAGCCGGCACCACCACCCAGACAGUUUUCGCAACAGGAGAGCAGACGCGACAGCGGAUCGAGCACUCAGCACAGCGGCGGCAGUUCGUAUUAUUGUUGCCAGGAGGCGGAAUGCCGCACCCGUGGCGGAGGUCAGCCCGUCUAUCCGCCGCCCCCAUCUACCUUCAAACGACAAAAAUGUCUGAGAUAUAAACGCGAUCGGCCCAUUCUCAGAUCAAAAUCUGACAUCAGCGAUAGGUAUUGGAGACCGUCAGAGCCAGCCACAAGCCAUCUCGAGCAAUUCUUCGAACAACUGGGACUAACGAGCGACAGCUACGAGGAAAUGUUGAGCGGAAGUCGUUCCUCUGACAGUCCGGUGUUCUUCUCGGACGUGUCUACGGUAGACAGUGGCCGACCGGUGGACAACGUGGAUCACUGUCCUGCUCAAACGUAUAGGCCCACCGAGCCGCCUUCCAUCGUUGAAAGGAACGCGCGCAUCAUCAAAUGGCUCUGCAACUGUCGUAAGUCGCAGCUAACGUGAGCUGACGAAAUGAAAUUGGUUGCGCUGCCGUGCGCCGAUAGCUGAUCGGAGUAGGACAGCAACGGUGGGUAAUUGUGGAACUAGACGUACGUUUACUCGAAUUUCUUUGGAUUCAAUUUCUUCCAAAAGGCUGAUAUAUUGAGAUUACAGGAAAUUAAUAUUCGUUAAAGGGAGUUGGUUGGUAAAAUGUUAUUUUUAAAUCCAAUGCAAUACAAUCACUAACUCAACUAUUACUAAACGAUAAUGGCCAUGCCAGCUCCAAUUCAUUAUGAAUAUAGGUCACUCCACUGUAAAAGAUCGUUUACAUCAACAAAUAGUAUUUAAUUUAAAGUACUUAAUGUUUAAAAAAGUAGUAAUAUAUUACGCCUUAACUUAAUAUUUUACUUAAUAUAUUGUUAUACACCUUCAUAUUAUAUGGCCAUAAAUUUAUAAUGGGAAGUUUUUUGUUGAACUUUUUAUAAUUAUUAAUCUUAUCACUUGUUAUUUCAACAAGUUUCAAUGUUUUUACAACUUCGCUCAAGGUUCAGGCAACACAAACAAAAGUAAAAAAAAUUGGUUUACUUACAUCUUAAGCAAAUAAAUUCUACAGAUAAGCAUCCUGUCUGUUAAUUUAUCUAAUAGAGUAUAUAACAACUUGGAUGUUGAAAAUUAAUUCAAGUAAAUUAAAAACAUACUUUCACACAAUCCUCGUCAGUAAACUAAUCUUUUUCAAAGUUGUCUAUUGAUAAUCUUAAAACAUAAUCAAAAACUACAUUAUAGUACAACAAAUGUCUAGGCAACAAGUUGCAGCAAUUUAAAAAUUCCGGUCUAGUCAUUUAUUUAUUUAUUAUGUAUUAUUGUUAUUAGUAUAUUAUGUAUUAUUAAUUUUUAUGGGACAAACUAUUAGUGACCAAAUUUCAAUGACAAGCUCAUCUGCUGCAUAUGCAGCAAACCAUAAAAUAAAUGUCCUCUUAAGCAACAACAGUGCUGUAAAUUGAUUAUUUUUUUUUAUCCAUCAGUGGUGCAUUUUAGAAUUGUUUUCAAUAUUUUUUUAUUAUUUCUGGUGCAUGGCAUCUACAGUAUAUGUUUUUUCAGUUAUUUUAAAUUGAGGACAUUGAAGUUGUUGCAUCAGUUCUGUUCAAUUGAACAUAUUUGUAAACGUGUCAUGAAACUUGCAAUUAGUGUGUAAAUUGAUUCAAAAUGUCAUAAUUAUGACAUGUUUAAAAUAUUGUUCAAGGGAACAGAAGUGAUGCAACAAAUACAAUUUCUUCAAGAUAUAACAAGAUGUUUUUACUGUGCAAUAAUUUUUAUAAUUGGCAAUAACUUGUCCCUACUUAUUUUUUACUUAUUAAAAUAUAAAAUUUAAUGAAUGAUUCUUGUUGCCAAAACAUUUGUACGAAUUCUUGCCAUAAUUAUUUUCUAAAAUGAGGACAAUGAAAUUUUGGCAUCAGUUAAAUAAUAUAACGAAUAAUUUUUGUCAAAAAAAAACAAUAUGUAUAUCAUUAAAUUUCAAUUAUAAUUAGUAUCUUCAUGUGAAACAAAUUAUGUCAUGUUUUUAUGAAUUCAACUUAUAACCGUCAAUAACUAGUUCAGAUUAACAUUUUUAAGUUAAGUUCUUUUCAACUGAACUUUUUCUGUAAACAUAACAUGAACUAUAAAUUAUGUAAUUAACAUGUGAAUGCAAGUCUCAAAAUGUUUUAUUAAAAUUUAAUGAUGCAAGUUUCACGUUUACAAAAAUUGUUAUUUAGAUCUGACUUGAUACAACCACUAGGUGGUCAUACUUUCAUGAUCAACUUUAUGGAAUUUUAUAACAUAAAAUUUCUAUAAAAAAUAUUCCAUUACAAAACGUUUUUUUAAUUGAAACUUAUUGAAAUUGAACUUAUUUAUUAAACUUAUCGUGAGUAUAAAUCUUGCCAAUAUAGGCGAAUAGAAGUGUUGAUGUCAGUGAUCUUAUUCAAAAAGUUAUUGUUAGACUAUUAUAUCUUAUGCAUAUAUGAAACUCAAUUAUAAAUGAGGUGUGAAAUAAAUUUGUAUAAGAAACAAAUAUUAAUUGAUUUAAUCAAGGGAACCAAGCGAUAUUUGUAAUCAAGAAAAAUCGUUCUAAAUAUUAUAAUAUAAUAGCCGUGUUGUACAAGAAAAUAUAUUCCGUUAUCGCUGUGAAUUAUUUGUUUUUUACUAGUUAAGUUUGUAGAAAUGAUGUUUGAGAAUUUUUAUAAUGGUAUAUACAGGUGAAUGUGAAUCAAAUCUCGACGUAUAAAUACUAGGUACUGAAUGAGAAUACUUAAUGCUGGGAUAUUGUGCAUAUUUCAUAACAUUCAAAUCAUUAAUUGGCUAUUCCUUAGGCUACUUUAUAUUCGGAACUAUUUAAUAUAGAAUGAGAAUAUCAUCUUGAUAUUCAAUAGUUAAGAACAACUUUGUAAAUAACAUCAAGAAAUAUGCAUGAAAUCUUCCUGUAACCAUAUAAUACUCUUUUAAAUUUGUGAUUGAAAGUGGAAGCAUAUUACUAAAUUCAUUUAAUAAUAAUUUACGAAUAUGUAACACAAUUGAUGUCUACGUGAAGUAAUAGCUAAUUCUAAAUUAUAAUAAUUAUAUUGUGAUUUGAUAAUAAAUUAUAAUGUAUCGUUAAACGUGUUAUCGGCAUAUGUUAUGGAGUAAUCGUUAUUAAUAAAAGUACCUGUGUAUUUAACAUUGUAUAACAUGAAUUAAAUUGUUAUCGUUAAGAUUUUUUUGUGUUUGUCAAAAAAAGUGAAUUGAGAGUUUAGCAUGUCUGCAGGAAAGCAUUUAUAUCGUAAUAAAAUGUGGAGCCAAUUUUGUGUGUAGGACUGAUUGAAAAGUAAACGAAAUGCUAUUGCUUUUAUUUCAAAACAAAAAAUAAUGCCACAGAAUUGACUUACUAAUAUAUUUUAGAAAAUGAUUUUAUGUAUUUAAAUCAGUUUUUAAACUUUAACAUAUAAUCUUGCAGAUUGAUGUUACAUGUCAUUAGGAUCCUUUUUGAUGGUUAUAUUUGUUUUGUAAAUUUUAUUUUUGUCAUUUGUUUAUUUCUUUUUAUUACAUUUUACUUUAUAUUGGAUCCUAACUACUAUUUAAAAAAAAUAUAUCCAUUAAUAAAACGAUUGCAAUUAAUAUGAUCUCUCUUCAGCCAACAUAUCUAAAGGCUUUGAUUAAUUUUUAUGGCUUUAUUCAUUUUUUCUACGUUAUGUCUGUACUAGCACACAUUAAAUGCAAUAAUUAUUAUAAUGACAGUAUGUGUAUGUAAGAUGUAUGACACUAAAUCCAUCUAUAGACUAUUUAUUUUAUUUGUAGACUUAUUUUCUACAUUGUAUAAAACUUUCUUUCGGAAAAUUACAAGACAAGUGCAGAAUGGUUUACAAAUAUGGUACUCUUAUCAGUAUUAAAUUAAUUUGAUAAUCAGAAAAAUGAGACAAUUUUAAUUUUUCAUACACAUAUUGUGAACCUACAGAACUGUUUUCAGUAAAAGAUGUUGACCAAAACUCCUUUUACAAAAGUCAUUCAACGUAUAUAUUUAUUAUAAUUUUUGUAUGCCAUUUUGUAUGUUGUACAUAAUUUAUCUAGCUUGUAGUAUCCCAUAUAAUGGACUGCUGUUAGUUAAAGGUAAAGAACAUGAUGCUCAGCAUCAACUUAUCUAGUCUAUACUUAAAUUCUCAUUGUUUCUAUAGAAAAUAGCUAUGGUUAAUUAUUAUAAUACAUUAUUCUAUAUUCAAA